CUCACAAGCUUCAAUGUUUGGUGCUUUUUGACGGAACUGAAGACAGCAGAGGAUUGGACUCUCACCAUCUCACUUGUCAUACAGAAGCUGUGUCAUGCUACAUGUUUAUUAGCUAUGGCUACUUCACUGUAGCGUCUGCUUAUCGGCGAGUGUCCCCCCACCCACUCCGGUUUUUCAUUUUCAUUUUAAAUUUCUCGUUCUUUCUUCUUUAUUCCACACUCAUGACUUCGCCGCUCUUCUUGAGUCAGCUGCUCGGUGUUCCUUUAGAAAUAAUGGAGCCCAACACCGCGGAAAAAGACACAACUUACACCAAGAUUUUCGUCGGCGGGUUACCUUAUCACACCGACGACGCCUCACUCCGGAAAUAUUUCCAGACUUUCGGGGACAUCGACGAGGCGGUUGUGAUAACCGAUAAACACACGGGAAAGUCCAGAGGAUACGGCUUUGUGACCAUGGUGGACAGAACGGCCGCACAGCAGGCGUGCAAGGAUGCAAACCCCAUCAUUGACGGCAGGAAGGCCAACGUCAACCUGGCGUACUUGGGAGCCAAACCACGCAGCUCACAGACAAGUCUCUCUGCCGGGGUUCAGCAAGUCCACCCUGCUUGGGCUCAGAGGCACUACGGGCUUGGACAUCCUUACAUCUACCCUCCAGCGUUCCUCCAGCCCAGCCUGGUGCUGCCCCCCCCUUACUUGGACUACAGCUCCGCAUACAGCCCCUUCACUCCCUCAGGGCUGGACCACUACCCGUACAGCCCAUCACCAGGCUACCUCAGCUACAGCUUCUCAGCCGGGACGCCAACUUUACCCGCAACCCCGCCGGCUAGCAGCCAGCCGCCUGUGGCCGCGCUCCCCACGGUGUCUGUGCCCCCACAGACCCUCAUCCCUUACCCUGUGCCACAGCCCCACCGUGCGCAGUGAUGAGCCAAUACAACGUGACUGUGACAUCAUCAGGAUGAGACAAGCGGAAAGCUUGAUGUCAUCGAAAAGGGCUUACAGAAAGCACUCAUUACUUUUGUAUGUUUUGCUUUAUUGGUUGAUACAAAUAGUAUUGCUACUUUUUCUUUAAACAACCUGAAUGUUUUUAUAAGUGAAAAGUGACGGACUGGAGCAAGAGAGACUGAAUAUCCCAUUUUUGUUACAUUUUAUGUUUCUGCAAAGCUCAUUGCAGGCUGAGACUUCCCCUUCCUCCAAUGCAGGUCUUACCACCUGCUCAAUCAAUACAAUCUUCAAUAGAAUAUUGUUACAUUUCAAUCAGGACAGUUGUUGUUGGAUAUUUGGCCUCCAAAGAUGUUCACUUUGGAUGUAAAUGUUACAAAAGAAGAGGCAGCAGUGUCAGGGUAUUUUCAUCUUCAGAUGCAGAAUCAGACUAAAGAUGCUUCAGUGUCCCUUAUUCAUGUGGAAUCACGUUAAACAAAGUUAUUCACCACCUUAGAACAAAUAUGCAAAAAUAAAAGCAAUGUUUCCUCUUACAA